AUGGCACGCAACAGCUUGGUCAUCGACAUCGAGAAGGUCGCGGCACCUCACCCGGCUGACCCCUUGGUGAAGGUGACGUCCAUCUCUGCUCCUUCAGUCAGGUCCUCCAUUGACAGCCUUCGACCGGGUCUCAAACAGACCAGCAAGUUCACCUUUGACGAAAGCGAGAUGAUGGCCCUUGAUAGUAAUGCAGGCACCCGCGAGAGCCUGGGUUGUAUGUACGGCCGUAUCUGGAGCUUCAAGGCCCUUCUCCGUUGGGCACGACACUUCAUUCCGGUGGCCGCUCUGUUGGGCAUCCCAGUUGCGCUGCUCGCGACCGUCUAUUCAGACCGGCGUGCCGACGGCGUUCGGCUGCUCGGCCUCUUCGUUUGGCUGGAGGUUGUUUGGGGAAGCCUCUGGCUUUCGAAGCUGAUCGCAAUGCUCAUGCCGACGGCAUACGUCUUCGUCUGUGGUAUCGUCAACUCCGGUACUCGAAAGUAUCACCCCGUUGUCCGGAAGAUUGAGACCUCCAUCUCCCUCGUCUUCUGGACCAUCAUCGCCUACGCAACCGUUGUGCCCGUCUGUAUGGCGUUCGACUCGGCCAUGAAACCCCCAAAUUGGGUGCUGAUAUUGCAAAAGGUCGCGCUGGCUUCCAUCGCUGUGGCUGCCAUGGUCCUCGUCCAGCGGUUCAUCAUCCAGCUCAUCAAUAUCACCUACUCGGCAACGCAGUUCACAACCCGUAUUGCCGAGUCGAAGCGCCGAGUCGCCAUGCUAGACACGCUUUACGCAUCGUCAACACGCGCCUACCCUCCUUUCUGCGACCGGUUCGCGCAGGAGGACUACACAAUCAUCACCGGCGAGGUUGAGAAUAGAGAUAGCUCGCCAAGCAAGCUUCUGGCCAACGUACGCAUGGCUGGUCGCGAGGUGGCGCAGGCUUUUGGCCAGAUGACGGCCGACAUCUCGGGAAACAACUCGCUCUUCAAUACGCAGGCUGCCCAUACCAUCGUCACCGAGGCACUGGAAGCCAGCACCUCAUCCGAAGCUUUGGGGCGACGCAUUUGGAAGUCGUUUGCCCCCGAACAUGGAGAUGCUCUUACGCAGCAAGACCUUGAGAAGGCGUUUCCCACUGAUCAGCUUCGUGAUGUCGAGGAGCUCUUCGCUCUGCUUGACGUCGACCAAAACGGAGAUGUCAGCCUGGACGAGAUGAUCUCAACUGUCGUCCGUAUCGGCCAAGAGCGCAUCGCCAUCUGGAAGAGCACCCACGACAUCAAGUCGGCUGUGCGAAUCCUCGACGGUUUCCUCCAGGUGUGCAUCCUCGUCGGCACCGGCUUGAUCUAUGCCGCCUUCUUCAGUACCUCCUUCUCAACAUACCUCGCCACAAUCGGCACACAGCUCGCGGCCAUCUCCUUCGCCAUUUCCGGUACCGUUCAGGAGUUCUUGGGCUCGUGCAUCUUCAUCUUCGUGAAGCACCCCUUUGAUGUUGGCGACCGCGUCAAGAUUGACAGUCACGAGAUGACCGUGGAGAAGAUCUCGCUCCUGUACUCCGUCUUCCGCAAGGUUGACUCCAACAAGACAACCCAAGUGCCCAAUAUCAACUUGAACAGCAUGUGGGUAGAGAACGUCUCGCGAAGCGGGCCCAUGCGCGAACGCAUCAACGUGCAAAUUGCGGCCGACACGAGCUUUGAUGACAUUGAACGGCUGAGGAAGAAGAUCCGCGACGAGGUCAGGGCACCCGAGAACCGUCGCGACUUCCGAGAGGAUGUCGACGUUGAGCUCAUAUCUAUCGGCGACAUGAGCAAGCUCGAGGUCUACGUCGAGGCCGAGCACAAGUCCAACUGGAACAACGAGCACGUCCGUCGCCUGCGACGUAACAAGCUGAUGACCGCCGUCGUUUCCUCUCUGCGCGCCGUUGCCAUCAACGGACCGGGUGGAGGUAGUGCGACCCUAGGGGAUGAGGCGAGGCCGACGUACCAGGUUGUGGUGAGCGAGGAGACGGCUGCGGCGGCGAGACAGAAGCACCAAGACGACAAGAGCGCGUCAAAAUCCUCAUCGGCGGUCUCAUCUGCCCUGGAUGAUGGCCCGGGUUCUUUCUUGGGGGUGAUACGGCGGGGAUGA